AGGCGUUUCCAGGUGGUGUGGUGCAUCGCAUUGUUGACACUUGCCGACUGACGGGAUCCAAUCAUGGGCCAGCAUGCCGUUGGAGUGUGUCUUCUCUUCACCUUCGCGACUGUCGCCGUGCUGUCGUCGCCCGAGUAUAAUCACAUUAAGAUAGAAAACUUCAUGGAGUGCCCAGGAAAUGAAGAUCUGGCGAUGGAGAUUCUACAUCACGAAAUAGAGAGAGUGUCCAAAAAUGCGAUAGCCAUAAACCUCACGCUGGACGUCAAAACAGAGAUAAUGGAGGACUAUACGGUUGUAGUGGAUUUAAAGCGGUGCGAGAGUAAAUAUGAGACUCACACUUGUAAACAGUUCAUGACAAAGGUAAAGGAAGAUUUAUGUGAGCAUAUUCAUGAUUCUGGUGAAGUGUGGUCAGAUUUUGUUGAGAAGGCUGAUCCUGAAAUUAACUGUCCAAUUCAGAAGGGUGUAUACCAAUUCCACAACGCCUUCCUAGAUGCAACUCCACUGGAGAAUGCGCCAGAGGGUUACUGGCUGGUUGACAUCAAAGCCAUCAAGGGCAUGGAAGUGAUGGGGUGCUGCAGGGCAACAGGACACAUCUGGCCAGAUGUCAUUCCGGGGGAGGAGGAGGCGGACGGGAGGUAGACACUUCGUAUCGAGAACUGUCCAUCCUUGAGACUUUCAUCCCCUACUAGCACGGCAACUCUAAUUUAAAUUUUUUUUGAGCGGCUGUAUCUUUACCAAAUAAAAUAAGCGUGAAUGACA